UCACUGCUUUCAAUCUGGGUAUCCACUUUCAAGAAUCGUAUUUUUGCAUUUCAACAAUUCAACAAACAUUUAUCAUUCAUCAAGAAGAACUGUGGGGCAUAUCACGGCAAACUCUACUGAAAAUCCAGGGCUCUCGGGACCAUCUAACAUAGCAAAUCGCAGCAUGAGCACCGAGAGUGAAGAUCAGAGAGAACACUUCCAGACAGCACCCAGGGAAAACAGCCGAAACAAAAGGAAGAGGAAGAGGAGUGGCAUCGCUGGGCCCGAGAGGACAGACGCAGAUGGCAGGCGAGCAGGAGAUGGAUGGGCAGAGGAGAAGAAAGCCCAGGACGAGAACGGGACUCCCACUUCUCCGGCCCCCUCUGCUCCCCUGCAACGCAUCCCUUUAAGAACUCUGGUGGAGGCCGAGGCCAAGCUGGUGUAUGGUGGUGAACAGGACAUUACCCACAAGUCCUUGCAGGCCCCAGCCCGCGCUGGCUCACAAUUAAUGUGUCAGCCAGCUGAAAUACUGGGCCCUCGAAGUGGACCUCAUCUCAGCUCUCUGCCUCAAAUUGACAAAUGGCUGGAUGUAGCCUUACAGGAUGCCGACUCAUGCUACCGACAGAAGAGAUAUGACACCGCAGCCAGCCGUUUUACCACAGCACUCGAGUUGUGUUCCAAAGGUGCAAUCUGGGAGAAACCCUUGAGUGCUGAUUAUGAAGACAUCUCCACAUUUGCCAGCUUCAUUGAGUCGCGACUCGUUGCAUGCUACCUGCGAAUGAAGAGGCCUGACAAAGCACUCAGACACUCCCACAGGAGCAUCCAUCUGAACCCGGCGCAUUUCCGCAACCACCUGCAGCAGGCCAUGGCGUAUCGUCUGCUGGGGAACCCCUGCGAGGCAGCCAGGAGUGCGAUGAUUGCUGACUACCUGCACUGGCUGUCGGGGGACUCGGAGGAGCACAUAAGCAAGCUCAUCAAACAGUAUUGGCAGGGACUGCUGGAGGAUGCUAUAACUGAGGAGGAAGAUUUCUCUGUCAUGUUCACACCCUACUCCGGAGUCCCCAGCGAAUGCUGCAUCCAGCAGGCGGAGGAGGUUUUCCGCAAGCUGCACCCUGGCUUCACAGCCUAUCUGUUCACAGGUCCGAGCGGGGGCCAUUUCUUGCCGCAGACCACAGACUGGAACGAGCCCACACCGCAGGCUUACUUCCUGACACUGGGCUUCAGGAGGAGCCAAGAUGGCGGAUUCCUGGAAAAGAUGCUUCGGAGGAGGAGUCCGGUGUUCACAGGACUGAAAGCACCCUUCUGUCCGCCACGACCGGAAGACGCCAAGAGGACGUGCGAGAGCCUGGGACGGAGGAUUCUGCCGGUUCUUGGUUUUAUUAAGUGCACCAAGCUAUCAGUGGACCUCUCCGCAGGCUCCGGGCUAAUCGAGAGGCUGCAGUACGCCGGGCACCUGGGCCAGCUGCGGCGCGUGGGCGAGCAGACGAGCGUCCUGCAGCAAACGCUGGCCGAGCUCAGCGUCGCCCCCUAUCUGCAGGAGAUCAGCGCUGCAGACUCCAGACUGCUGCAGACGCUAAUGGCAGACACGGUGGACACCCUUGAAGGAAGGCGGACGGACGGCGAACGUGUGUGGAAUGAAAUGCUCAAGGUGGGCGCUCUGGAGGAUGUGCUGUAUGAGCUGGAGGAGGCCUUCCUGAGGAACAAGGCCCUGAGAGCCACCCGCAGGCAGCGGGCCCGCCAGAGACGCCAAGCCAAGAGGGAGCAGCAGGCCGCACUCAAAACCUCCUCCACUUCCUCCGCACCUCCACCUCUACCUCCUCCUGCCCAACCAGCCUCCCCUGGCCCCCAGAACCCUCCUCCAGCGGAAGCAGAAGCCAGAGAGGCCGUCCCUAGCCCUGGUGGCCCUGACAGCACUAGUGCUAGCCAGCCCUCACAAGAAUGACCCCCCCCCCCACACACACACACUCACAACACACACCCAGAGAAGCAGCAGGCAGGGGCUCUGUUGGCCUCCUCUCCUCUCCUCUCCUCUCCUCUCCUCUCCUCUCCUCCCCUCAUCCCCUCUGCAAACACUCAUCUCCAGCAGCCUCCUCUCCCCUCGUCCAUUACUCUCAGCGGACAGAAAUAAAUGGACUCGCCAGCCUUGCCUUCACUCUGA